AUGCCAAUCAGGAAAGAUAUAACUCAUCCAGGAGACCGAGAUUUAUGCACACUAGUAAGAGCGGAUAUCAAGUCUGAGCUCGUUGUCCUUCAGAAUACUGAACACCCAUCAGUAGAAUUCAACGUGGUCAGAAUUGAAUGCCUGACUUCCGAACCGGUGAUUAUCGUCAAUGUCUACCGACACCCCGGGCAAAGAACUCCCGCUUCCUUCUUCAGAUCUCUACUCAAUAGCCUGCAAGGUUACAAGAACCUUAUCAUCCUGGGAGAUCUCAAUGCUCAUCACCCGGCAUGGGGCUCUAGGACAUAUUCUAAUUCGGGAAGGACCCUUCACCAGAUCAUUGGAGAAUAUGACAUGUUCAUACUCAAUGAUAAAGCGCCAACCUUUGUGAGAACCUCAUCAGCCGCUACUUCAACUAUAGAUCUAGUUCUGGCGUCUCCCUCCUUGGCACCUCUGUGUAGCACCAAAACAAACUCCGAUACUCUCGGUAGUGACCACUUUCCCGUUAUCACGACAAUCGGUAUUCAAGCUUGCUUUAAAAAAAAAUUUUAUUAUAAAAUUCCAGUAUCUAAAGAAAUGUGUCAGGAUCUGUUUCGGAUCUUGCUCUCUACCACUAAGGAUCUUCCCGCUCAAGUUGGGGAUGAUUUAUUAGGUCGCUAUGACGCUUUUACUAACAAUAUCCUUGAGGCGGCCAGGAGCUUCCUCCCAGAGAGCAAGCGCCUCCCACGCACCUCUGUACAAAUAAAAAAAUUAGCAGAUCUCAUUCCACCUUGGUGGAAUGAGAUCUGCUCCAAAGCGGUUCGCGAUAGAAAGAAGGCCAUUAGAGAGUUCCUGUCCGCCCCCUCCGAGGAGAAUCAUCAAGAAUUUCGCAGGGCUCGCUUGAAUUGCGCCAGGGUACUCCUAGAACAAAAGAGAAGAGGAUGGCGCAACCUUGUGAAUGGUUUCAACGCAAGGACUCCUACCAGUCAGAUUUGGGCCUUGAUUAAAAGUUUCAAGAGGAGAGCGUCACAACAGGACUCCCCGCAGCAAGAACACACACGAAUUGCCUUGGAAGCUAUCUCUAAACUGUGUCCUCCGUCGUCCUUUUGCAAUAGAUCCAAAACCUUGACAGACAUGAAAUCGGAGGACGAGAAAAACACAAGUACACAUACUGGGCUGGACGACCCCCUGACCAUGAGCGAAUACCGGAGAGCAAAAAUCUCUUCCAGAAAAAACUCCGCGCCCAGACUGGACCAAAUUUGCUACGAGAUGCUGGAUCAACUGCCCAUGGAACACGAGACGUAUUUGUUAUCUAUGUUCAACGAAAUCUUUUCCCGGGGAACAUUUCCAGACUAA